GCACGUUUCUGUGAAAGCAUUCGUCCAUUAGUUUCAGUAAAAAUGUUUCGUUUGUUUGUACUUUUGGCUUCGGCCCUUGCACUACCAACCGACCAGCCUUUGUCUGAAGAUUUUCCAGUCACUGAUUCAUCUGGUAACGAGUCUCUCCCAGAAGUCGAAGAUCGAAUUGUCGGUGGUUCCCCGGCUAAGCUGGGGCAAUUCCCGUACCAGGCAGCCCUCUACUUGAAGGACUCUGACGGAAAAAUGUUCUUCUGCAGUGGCGCCCUCAUUGCCCCUCGGUACAUACUAACAGCAGCUCACUGCAUUGAAGGCAGUAUUGAAACCGUACUAGUUGAGUUGGGUACAAUCAGAUUGGAUGACAAAUCUGGAGGGUUUCAAGUAUAUGCAAGUCAAGGGUUUUCCCAUCCGAACUACAGCCCCAAAAGCAUAGCAAAUGACAUUGCCGUGCUCGAAUUGUCAAAGUCUGUGCCGAUGUCUGCAAAUAUUCAAACAAUUCGUUUGGCUUCGGAUAAGCUGGGAGUUGGGGUUUCGGUCACUUUGAGUGGUUGGGGAAAGACCAGUUCUACGUCCGCUGGAAAUGUUUGUGCACAAGGCAAGAAUUAUGAAAGCACUUGCAGUGGUGACAGCGGUGGCCCAAUGGUCACUGGAUCUGGAUCAAGUGCCCUCCAUGUGGGUAUUGUAAGUUUCGGUAGUUCCAAGGGAUGUGAUAAAGGGUACCCAACGGUAUACACUAGAACUGCGGCCUACAGGGCUUGGAUUAGGGAGCACGCGAAUGUGUAAACACAACUGAGAUUGUAAAUUGAUUAAAUAAACGACAAAAUGCAAUAAGAAA